AUGCAGGAAAAACCUCAUGGAUACCUCAAAAGAGAGUGUAUUAUCUGCACCGAACUUACUCAAAACACCUUACAAGACUUGUAUACCAUGCAAUGUACCCAACCUCAUAUGACUGUCCGCGUGCUCCCCAGGGUCUUUAGCGACAUUGAAGAACCUAAAUAUGUACACUGCAAAAUCCUAGAACUGCAGGAUGUGUUAUUUAAGAAUAACGCGAUUCCUAUAAACGGAAACCUACUCAGUUCCCUUGACAAUAAACGCGUUCUUAUUACUGGAGCUGGCGGAACGCUAGGAAGCGAACUCGCCAUUCAAUUACUACACACUAAUAUAAGUGAUGUAUAUCUUCUUGGGCACGGAGAGUAUAGUAUUUUUCUUACUGUGCAGAGAAUGAAGAAAUUUCAAAGCUUGGGGGUGGGGACGCAAAUACGCUGCCAUCCUGUAUUAUGCGAGCUCUUAGAAAGAAAUAUGGUGAUGCGCACUAUUGCUGACAUACGCCCCGACAUUAUCAUCCAUGCAGCGGCCUAUAAGCAUGUUGAUUUAGUUGAAUCUGCUCCAUUUAUUGGGCUGGCAUCUAAUGUUUUUGCUACACGAUUUCUGCUAGACGCCGCUCAUGAAGCAUCUGUUUCUUCUUUCAUUUUUCCAUCUACAGACAAGGCAUGUGAGCCAAUUUCCAUAUACGGUGCAAGCAAGCUUAUAUGUGAAGAAUUACUUUUGUGCUCUCAAUACCCACGCCCCAACAUCAUAAUUGUUCGCUUUGCCAAUAUACUUGCGUCACGCGGCAGCGUGAUCUCAGUGUUUGAGGAGCAGAUAGUAGAAAACAGUAGCGUUGCCAUUACUGAUGCCCGCUGUCUUCGCUAUUUCACACACUGCUCUGAGAUAGCAUCGUCUAUGCUCCAGCUUUACCAACAGUACCACGCAAAGCGUGUACAGCUCUUUAUCUUAGUUUCUGAAAUAAAACUACGUAUAGACGAUUUUGUAGCGAAGAUUGCUGCGUUACACAUAAAAGAUACUCAGAAAACAAUAGAUAUUAAAGAGCUAGGGCUACGUGCUGGCGAGAAAUUAGAAGAAAUCAUAUGCGCUGAACAUGAGAAGAAAGAAAGCACUACACUACCCUCAGUAUUCUCAAUUACACAUGACCACACGCAGAAUAAUAUUACCGAUAUCAAUUCCUUGCUAAAAAAUCUAGAAUCAGUAUGCUUUUACGAUUCAUCAAAACCCGAACAAUACCGUUCAUUAGAGUCGCUUAUUUCUUAUCUGAACAAUCAUAUUCCUUCUUUUGCUAUGCGGAAGCAGAAGCUAUAA